GCUCCGCGGGCCGCUGCACUGCGAGGCCGACGCAGCUGCAGAGAGGUUAGGUCCUAGGGAGGGCCGGCUCGAGUGCUGGGCCCGCCUCCCCGCGGGUCUGUAGGCCCGGGGGCUCCGCCUCGUCCCAGCAGCAGGCAGGAGGCUGUGCGCGCGGCCCGGCGGCGGGGGAUCCUGAGGACUGAAGUGAUGCCACCAAAAAGAAAUGAAAAAUACAAACUUCCUAUUCCACUUCCAGAAGGCAAGGUUCUGGAUGAUAUGGAAGGCAAUCAGUGGGUGCUGGGCAAGAAGAUUGGCUCUGGAGGAUUUGGAUUGAUAUAUUUAGCUUUCUCUACAAAUAAACCAGAGAAAGAUGCAAGACAUGUAGUAAAAGUGGAAUAUCAAGAAAAUGGCCCGUUAUUUUCAGAACUUAAAUUUUAUCAGAGAGUUGCGAAAAAAGACUGUAUCAAAAAGUGGAUAGAACGCAAACAACUUGAUUAUUUAGGAAUUCCUCUGUUUUAUGGAUCUGGUCUGACUGAAUUCAAGGGAAGAAGUUACAGAUUUAUGGUAAUGGAAAGACUAGGAAUAGAUUUACAGAAGAUCUCAGGCCAGAAUGGUACCUUUAAAAAGUCAACUGUCCUGCAAUUAGGUAUCCGAAUGUUGGAUGUACUGGAAUAUAUACAUGAAAAUGAAUAUGUUCAUGGUGAUAUAAAAGCAUCAAAUCUACUUUUGGGUUACAAAAAUCCAGACCGGGUUUAUCUUGCAGAUUAUGGACUUUCCUACAGAUAUUGUCCCAAUGGGAACCACAAACAGUAUCAGGAAAAUCCUAGAAAAGGCCAUAAUGGGACAAUAGAGUUUACCAGCUUGGAUGCCCACAAGGGAGUAGCCCUGUCCAGACGAAGUGACAUUGAGAUCCUCGGCUACUGCAUGCUGCGGUGGUUAUGUGGGAAACUUCCCUGGGAACAGAACCUGAAGGACCCUGUGGCUGUGCAGACGGCUAAAACAAAUCUGUUGGACGAGCUCCCCCAGUCAGUGCUUAAAUGGGCUCCUUCUGGAAGCAGUUGCUGUGAAAUAGCCCAAUUUUUGGUAUGUGCUCAUAGUUUAGCAUAUGAUGAAAAGCCAAACUAUCAAGCCCUCAAGAAAAUUUUGAACCCUCAUGGACUACCUUUAGGACCACUGGACUUUUCCACAAAAGGACAGAGUAUAAAUGUCCAUACUCCAAACAGUCAAAAGGUUGAUUCACAAAAGGCUGCAACAAAGCAAGUCAACAAGGCACACAAUAGAUUAAUCGAAAAAAAAGUCCACAGUGAGAGAAGCACUGAGUCCUGUGCAACAUGGAAAGAAGUGCAAAAAGAGGAGAAACUGAUUGGAUUGAUGAACAAUGAAGCAGCUCAGGUUGAUUCACAAAAGGCUGCAACAAAGCAGGUCAACAAGGCACACAAUAGGUUAAUCGAAAAAAAAGUCCACAGUGAGAGAAGCACUGAGUCCUGUGCAACAUGGAAAGAAGUGCAAAAAGAGGAGAAACUGAUUGGAUGGAUGAACAAUGAAGCAGCUCAGGUAGAAGCUUAGGCUAUUGAUUUGAACCCACUAUUUUUUCUAACGAAAGCACUAGGAGAAGACAGAAAUAUCAAGAGUCUCAAGAACUUUUGAAUGAAGUAAACAAUUUCCCACAAAAAAUCAGCUAUAGACAACUCCCAAACUCAUUUUAUGACCCUCAUCAAGAUUUUACCAGUCCAGAUAUAUUCAAGAAGUCAAGAUCUCCACCUUGGUAUAAAUACACUUCCACAGUCAGCACGGGGAUCACAGACUUAGAAAGUUCAACUGGACUUUGGCCUACAAUUUCCCAGUUUACUCUUAGUGAAGAGACAAAGGCAGAUGUUUAUUAUUAUCGCAUCAUCAUACCUGUCCUUUUGCUGUUAGUAUGUCUUGCUUUAUAUUUUCUCUGAAGAUAUCAAAAUUCCUUUUGAUAAUUUUUUAAGUUUCCAGCUCUUCACCGAAAUGUUAUAUUCUUAUUUCAGUGUUUCCUUCCAGACAUUUUUAAGGUAAUUGGCUUUAAAAAGAGAACAUAUUUUAACAAAGUUUGUGGACACUCUAAAAAAUAAAAUUGCUUUGUACUAGAAA